GGGAUGAACGGCACCGCGUCUAAGCAUUGUCGUGAUGAGCGGAGAGAGGGGGAGAUUCCCGACCAUUUCUGAGGGUUUUCCUCAUCGGUGUUGAUGCUUGUGUUGAAGCUUCUCCCUCUUCCCUCCUCCCUUUCCUGAGCUUUAGUACUGGGGGCUCUCCUCGCUCUGUUUCAAGAGCUCGGGGUCAUUGGUUGCAUAUCUGUUCUAUGUACCUUGUUCCACGCUGGUCUGCCAUCUGCCCUCUUCGCCGACUACUCGAAGCCAGCCCAGCAUUGUAUGCUGCAGCGCUCGUACUGUCCUAGCACCGUGCAGCAGUAGACAUCUACCGGUAUCCGCGAGCACCUUUCCGUCCACCCGUUCAAUUAUCGAAAAGCGAAUAUCCCCCAAGACAACAGACGUACAAACAACCCUCUCCUGCACCAUAGAACGACGGGCCCUCACACCUCGUCCGUGCUAUCUGAACCUGCACAUAAUCCUUGAGCUUCGCUCAUGGAUCCCACUACUACACCUUUGUCUUCGCCCUCUACUGCCGCAAAGAUGCCAUCCUGGCUCCUCUUCCUCCGCAAGAAAACAAAUCCAUCAGUAGAAACGGACGAGCGCAUUUCCCUACUACCAAAGCCCCCGAGCCAUGACAAUGGCUCAGGAAGUGUGCUCUCGGAAUUCGCCCUCCUGCUCGGCAGCAGCAUCCCCGUAAUCCUGGCCUACACGUUACAGAAUUCCCUGCAAACAAUCUCCGUGUUAAUAGUCGGUCGUCUCUCAUCCGAACACCUCGCCGCGGCUGCAUUCUCUUACAUGUUUGCUAUGUCUACCGCCUGGCUGAUCGCUUUGGGGGGGACAACAGCGCUGGACACGCUCUGCUCCUCAUCCUUCACCGGCAGUAAAAACCCUCAUGAACUCGGCAUCCUAUUGCAACGUGCUUUCGUGGUGUUGGGAGUAUUCUAUGUUCCCGUCGCGAUCUUGUGGUACUACUCGGAGGGGGUCUUCCUGCUACUUGGCCAGAAUCCCGGUCUCUCCAGCGAUUCCGCUACCUUUCUACGCUGUUUAAUACCCGGUGGCCUAGGCUAUAUAUAUUUCGAAGCCGGGAAGAAGUUCCUUCAGGCUCAGGGUAUUAUGCGCGCGGGGACCUAUGUAUUGCUGAUAACGAGUCCGUUGAAUGCGUUGUUGAAUUGGUUGCUUGUCUACGUUUUUGGUAUGGGUCUCAUUGGAGCUCCGAUCGCGACUGGGAUUACGUACUGGGUGAGUUUCUUGGGGAUUAUGGGGUAUGCUCGGUUUUCUCGGGGGUGGAAAGCCUGGGGCGGAUGGGAUAGGGCGUGCCUUAGGAAUAUGGGUGUGUUUGCAAGGCUGGCGGGGCUGGGGGUUGUUAUGGUCGGGACUGAAUGGGUAUCAGUUAACUCUUGCACCCCGAAGGGACCGAGCGCUGACGGCUGUUCCAGUGGGCGUUUGAAAUCGUGGCCCUAGCAGCUGGGAGGUUAGGCACUGUGCCCCUCGCCUCCCAGUCAGUAAUUAUGACGACGGACCAAGUUCUCAACACAAUUCCCUUCGGCAUCGGCGUCGCUGCGUCUGCCCGCGUGGGAAACCUCCUCGGAGCACGGGAUGCAAAAGGUGCCGCGAGAGCAGCCAGUACCGCUGCUGUCCUCAGCAUUGUGCUCGGAGCGGUAGUGAUGACGGUAAUGCUCAUCGUGAAAGACUAUUAUGCAAAGAUCUUUAGCGACGACGCCCACGUUAUCAAACUCACCGCACAGGUCAUGCCGCUCGUCGCGCUAUUCCAAAUUGCGGAUGGGCUAAAUGGUUUUCCCUCUUCAAUUUCUAUUCUCUGUCCAAUUGCGAGGCUAACAAUUUACAGGCAGCUGCGGAGGAGCACUGAGAGGCAUGGGCCGUCAACAUAUUGGCGCAGCGGUAAACCUUGUCAGUUACUACUUUGGUGCCCUGCCAUUAGGCAUCUGGCUCGCCUUCCAUGGCUGGGGGCUUAAAGGUCUUUGGGUCGGGCAAUGUAUAGCAUUGUACCUUGUCGGGGCGAUGGAAUGGGCUCUCGUGGGGUUUAGCAAUUGGGAUAGGCAGGUUGUGAAGGCGUUUGAAAGGAUGGAAAGCGAUGAGCGGAUGGAGCAGGGGGGGCUCUGAUAGUUGACACUUUGGCUUGUAGUGGGAUAAGGAAAUUUUUCUUCCAUUGUUACGGGGUAGGUAUCAUAGGUAUUCUGGAUAUGUUAGAUGGAUGAUAGAGGAAAUGAUCGAAUGAACAAGUUAACCUGGU